UUUCUCAGCGUAGAACGAGAAAAGCUCCGACGAGUUUCCGACGAGUUGUCUCUCGUCGAAGAGACCACCGAUGAACCGUUCUCCACAUCCGUCGGUCGAUCGGUCUCUCACCCGCUCGCGAAUCGCUCGAGAUAUCACCGCCGCCGCCGCCGCAGUCAUAAUGGAUCGAAGGAACUGUCAUCGGGCGUAGAAAUAGAUUCUACACCGUUACUAGUGCGCGACACACGGGGAAGAAGAGAAAGUAAGAGCGUUAUUACGAGGCGUGCGUGCGGCUGCUAUCGAGUUUCGCGCAACUUAUACGCCCUACACGGAUUGUUGCGAGCCACGAUUACGUGUUAGCUGGAAUUUAGAAAAUAGCACAACCGGACUUUUUCUCCGUUGGAAAAUUCCGCGCAGCGAGCUCGUACCGGGGCGCGAAACCGUGAGAAGCAGGAGGAUGGCGAAAAAUCAACAUCAGAAUGGUGUAAUACCCGGAGGCGGCGCGAUGACCGGGCCAGACGAUUUUUCGGACGGUGAAAGCACUCCUCUGACUCAGGACUAUGGCGGAAGCCAACGCACCGUCGUCGAAACGAAAGGAUGGGACGUGUUCCGGAAUCCGCCGCCGAAGAUCGACUCCGGUUCCAUGGCGAACCAGAGAUGCCUGGAGAGGAUGGUGCAAGUGACCAAGGUCCUCGUCUACCUGUUCGUCUUCGUCAUAGUGCUGGGAAGCGGCGUGGUCGCCAAAGGAACGAUCCUCUUCAUGACAUCGCAGCUGCGACAGGACAGAAAAAUCAUUUAUUGCAACAGACAAUUAGAUCGGGAGAAUCAGUACAUGGUGGUGUUGCCCGAGGAGGAGAGGAUCGCGUGGAUAUGGUGCAUAAUAAUCGCCUUCGCGGUGCCGGAGUUCGGUACUCUAAUCCGCAGCAUUCGCAUGUGCAUCUUCAAGUCGUGGAAGAAGCCGCAGUCCGCGCACUUUCUCCUGGUUUUCAUCAUGGAGACGUUCCACGUCGGCGGGCUCGCCCUCAUGUUCCUGGCGGUGCUACCGGAACUGGACGUCGUCAAAGGGGCGAUGCUGACCAAUUGCGUGUGCUUCGUGCCUGGAUUGCUAGGCUUACUUUCUCGCAACAAAAGCAAAGAUGAGUCUAAGCGAUUCGUCCUCGUUCUGGUCGACAUCGCCGCUCUGGCCGCUCAAGCGACCAGCUUCUUUCUCUGGCCGCUGUUGGACAGCUCUAGGAGGUCCCUGUGGCUGAUUCCGGUGGCGUUGUUCCUCGUCUCCUGCGGCUGGUGGGAGAAUUACGUCUCCACGCAGAGUCGCAUCGGUCUAAUCAGGUCACUCGGAAGAGUGAAGAAGGAAAUGAGACUGACGCGAUACUUCACCUACAUGCUGGUGUCGGUGUGGAAGAUCGUGGCGUUUCUCAUCAGCACGAUAGUGAUACUCUACGUGAAGGGGGAAAACGUGGGUCAUUUGUUCACCAUGUUGAGUAGCGCUUUCGGCGAGCAUAAGAUCACUGUGACGCCCAUCAAGUCCGCCACCUCCGGCACUUCGCCCGAUCUUACGGAGAUUCUGAUCGCAGGCGGAGACGCCACCGAGACCAUCAACGCCGAUUUCAGCACGCCGAUCUACGUACUCCUGCUGCAGGUCUUCGGUGCUUACUUCGCCUAUGUCUUCGGCAAGUUUGCAUGCAAAAUCCUGAUCCAGGGCUUCAGCUACGCCUUCCCAGUGAACCUCACCAUACCGGUCUCGAUCUCAUUGCUGAUCGCCGCAUGUGGCAUCCGUAACGGCGAUCCCUGCUUCUUCCACGGCACCAUUCCGGAUUAUCUGUUUUAUGAAUCGCCGCCGAUGUACUUCCUCAACGAGUUCGUGUCAAAGCAAUAUGCCUGGGUCUGGUUGCUUUGGCUGCUGUCGCAAACCUGGAUUACCUUGCACAUCUGGACACCGAAAUGCGAACGUCUCGCGGCCACGGAGAAACUUUUCGUGGUGCCGAUGUACAAUUCUCUACUGAUCGACCAGUCGAUGGGACUCAACAGGAGAAGAGACGAUCAGCCAGAAGUCAAAGUCGAAGAUCUAGCGGAGAUAGAGAAGGAGAAGGGAGACGGGGAUUACGAGACGAUCUACGAGCAGACGGACGGCUCGACCACACCUCCGUCCGCAGUGAAAAGUAGCGACCACGUAACCAGGAUUUACGCUUGUGCUACUAUGUGGCACGAGAACAAGGAGGAGAUGAUGGAGUUCCUGAAGAGCAUUCUGCGGCUGGACGAGGACCAAUGUGCGCGACGCGUCGCCCAGAAGUACCUGAGAGUAGUCGAUCCUGAUUAUUACGAAUUCGAGACUCAUAUAUUCUUCGACGACGCGUUCGAACUGUCCGAUCACGACGAGAACGAGUCGCAGGUGAAUCGGUUCGUGAAACUACUGGUAGGCACAUUGGACGAGGCAGCGUCGGACGUGCACCAGACGAGGAUGCACGUGAGAGCACCGAAGAAGUAUCCGACUCCGUACGGUGGUCGUUUGGUUUGGACCCUGCCUGGCAAGACGAAGAUGAUUGCUCAUCUGAAGGAUAAGAGCAAAAUCCGACAUAGGAAGCGGUGGAGCCAGGUAAUGUACAUGUAUUAUCUGCUGGGACAUCGCCUGAUGGAAUUGCCGAUCAGCGUCGAUCGCAAGGAAGUGAUCGCCGAGAACACGUACUUGCUGACGCUCGACGGUGACAUCGAUUUCCAACCGGCCGCGGUGAAGCUCCUCGUGGAUCUGAUGAAGAAGAAUAAGAAUCUGGGCGCUGCGUGCGGCCGCAUCCACCCGGUCGGUUCCGGACCGAUGGUGUGGUACCAAAUGUUCGAAUACGCGAUCGGCCAUUGGCUACAAAAGGCCACCGAGCACAUGAUUGGCUGCGUACUCUGUAGCCCAGGAUGCUUCUCCUUGUUCAGAGGCAAAGCUCUGAUGGAUGACAACGUGAUGAAGAAGUACACGACCAGGUCCGACGAAGCGAGGCAUUACGUGCAGUACGAUCAAGGCGAGGAUCGUUGGCUGUGCACGUUGUUGUUACAGCGAGGGUAUAGAGUGGAAUACUCAGCCGCGAGCGAUGCUUACACUCAUGCGCCGGAAGGAUUCAACGAGUUUUACAACCAACGGCGCCGCUGGGUGCCCUCCACCAUCGCGAACAUCAUGGAUCUGCUGAUGGAUGCGAAGCGUACCAUCAAAAUCAACGACAACAUCUCGCUGCCUUAUAUCUCCUAUCAGAUUCUGCUGAUGGGUGGCACGAUCCUAGGACCUGGUACGAUCUUCCUCAUGUUGGUGGGUGCCUUUGUGGCGGCCUUCAAAAUUGACAACUGGACCAGCUUCUACUACAACAUCAUUCCCAUCUUACUCUUCAUGAUCGUCUGUUUCACAUGUAAAGCCAACAUACAGCUUUUAUGCGCCCAGAUCCUGUCAACGGCGUACGCGAUGAUCAUGAUGGCGGUGAUCGUUGGUACAGCUCUACAGCUCGGCGAGGACGGCAUAGGCUCGCCUUCGGCGAUCUUUCUUAUAUCCUUGUCGAGCUCGUUUUUCAUAGCAGCCUGCCUGCACCCGCAGGAGUUCUGGUGCAUCGUGCCUGGCAUCAUAUAUCUGCUGUCCAUUCCGUCUAUGUACUUGCUCCUCAUACUCUACUCCAUCAUCAAUCUUAACGUUGUAUCCUGGGGCACCCGGGAAGUCCAAGUAAAAAAGACCAAGAAGGAGCUCGAGCAGGAAAAACGGGAGGCCGAGGAGGCGAAGCGGAAGGCCAAGCAGAAGUCCCUGCUGGGCUUCCUGCAAAAUGGCGCGGGCACCAACGACGACGACCAAGGCUCUAUCGAGAUCUCGCUGGCGGGUCUGUUCAAGUGCCUGCUGUGCACCCACGGCAAGCCGUCCGCCGAGAAGCAGCAGCUGGUGGCGAUCGCGGAGUCCUUGGAGCAGCUUGGAAAACGGCUGGAAACGAUCGAGAGGGCGGUGGAUCCUCACGGACACUCGUCCGGUCGCAGACGAGCCUCCUCUGUGGGCUCGCGAACCGCCGAUCACUUGGACGCGAUCGGCGAGGACCCGGCCGAGGACAACGACUGCAACAGCGACACCGAAACAGUGGCCAGUCAGAACACCGAAGGCAAUCGCGAUGGCGGCACCUUCCUCACGAGGCCGUAUUGGUUGAGCGAUGAGGGUCUGAAGAAGGGCGAAGUGGACGUGCUGUCGAUGCAGGAGGAACUGUUCUGGAAAGAUCUGCUGGAGAAGUAUCUCUAUCCGAUCGAUGAAGACAAGGCGGAGAAGGCACGAAUCGCCAAAGAUCUAAAGGACCUACGCGACCAGAGCGUCUUUGCGUUCUUUAUGAUGAACGCCCUCUUCGUCCUGAUCGUCUUUCUGCUGCAAUUGAACAAAGACUUGUUGCACAUCAAGUGGCCAUUCGGCAUCAAGACGAACAUCACGUAUGACGAAAGCACCUCGGAGGUGCACAUCACGAAGGAAUACCUGCAACUCGAGCCGAUCGGUCUUGUGUUCGUCUUCUUCUUCGCGCUGAUAUUGGUCAUACAGUUCACCGCGAUGUUGUUCCACCGUUUCGGCACGCUGGCUCAUAUCCUGGCCAGCACGAGCUUGGACUGCUGCAAGAAGACGAAGGAUCUCUCGGAGGAAGCCUUGCUGUCGAAACAUGCGGUCGACAUAGUGAGAGACCUGCAGAGAUUGGAGGGAAUAGAAGGAGACUAUGACGAGGGCAGCGGCAGCGGGCCCGGUAGACGAAAAACUAUCAGAAACCUGGAGAAGAGUCGUAGGAAGACGCAGGCAAUCAAUACGCUUGACGUGGCGUUCAGGCAGCGCUUCUUCAGCAUGUCCGAAGGCGCGGGUCUGCCGAGGAACAUGUCGACCAGACGCACGACGGAAGCGUUCAAGGCCUUCGAGGGCAGGCGCAACAGCAUAAUGGCGAUGCGCAGGAAGUCGCAGAUGCAGACCCUCGGCGCGAACAACAUCUACGGCGUGGCCGGCAAUCCACUCGGGAUCCAAGGUCGUCCGUCUAGGAGCAGUCAGAUCUCCGUGAAGGACGUGUUCGAAGGACACGCAGGACACGUGAACGCCGGUUACGAGGGUGAAGACAGCCCCGGCAACAGCGUCAGGCUGCAGAAUCUCGGCAAUCAAGUCACGUGGCGGGAGGCGAACUCCAACAUGUGAUCUUCCAUUCACCUGUGCAACCGAGUCCGAUUGCGAAUUAUUGACGCAACGACCGGGUCAACUUGUUUCCAUACAGUUGUUUUGGAAUCGUAUUUUUCAGAGUUAAGUUAAAGUUAAGAUGAGAAAAUUCUAGACUCGUCCGUCGUCUUUUCUCUGAAGAUACGGAUUUAAGAAUCCUCGGACUAUCAAACAACGAAGAAAAUUCGCGCGGUUUUUAGUUUCAUAAAUAAGACACUAAUCAAGUCCACACAGCAUCCAUGAAUGCGAAGAUAAGUGUCAAGCGAAAUCACGACGAAAGUGUUGAAAUUUUUAAUUCCGUUGCGGACGCAAGGUGUGAGUUGCCGACGUGUGCGAUUUGCAUUUCGAUGGACAAUCCACGCGUCAAUUUGUUCAUCAUUAAUGCAAUAGAAUGCAACAGAAGUUCGGAGAACUUAGAUGAAACGUGCGAAGCAUGUUGUGCGUUUGAUUUUAUCGUGCGUUCUCGAUGGACGAUGCAACACGCAGCUAACUGUUACAUUGUAGCAUCUUCUUUUUUAAUUAUUUUUUAUAAGUAGUCUCAUGAAUAAGGAACACUCACACGUUAUUUAUGUUAAGGGUAGUCCUGCUGGAACCGCGCGAAUUCUUUUGACGACCGACCCAACGACGUAUUGCUCUGAUGAGCUCACGGAGUCUGAAACUUUAUCUUCUCUAUUUUCACAUCUUUCGCACUUCUCACGUUCUCACGUAGAAUACAUAGAGAUAUCAUUUUGCUCCUCUCUUGCUCAUCGUCCAUAUCGUCUCUCUUCGGCUGCUCGAGUUUCGUAAAUAAUCGAAAUCUCGGGUCACACAAUGCUCGUAAUAUGUCUUUUGUAUCGUCGCCGUCUGAUGAAUGGCGGCAACCGCGAUGAUUACGCUUACUCGCUCCAUUAUAAUUAUUAUUUUUUAUUACGUAUGUGAUGAGGCCGGUAUUUAAAGUGGAAUAAGUUGUGCGUGAACGUGUAAUGUAUGCGGGCGUGCGUGUGCUGUAUGUGUGUCGCGUAAGUGCUGUGAAUUGCCACGCGCGUAGUCGAGAAACGCGCGUAUGUGUAUUAUAACAAAUUGUCGAAAUUUUUAAAAUAAACUUCAUAUAAACAAA